AUGCAGAACACCAUUUGCGAACCGUUCACAAGUUGGCCCAUGAAAUUCGACAUCAACCAGCUGGUGAAAGAGUUCCAACCGGAGGAAAAGGGGCGCGAAGUGGAUGAAGACAAGUCGCCAAGGGACUUUCUCCACCUUCCCGACAAUAAUUGGGUGGUCCUGCCCAGUUUCAAGUAUCAGUUUGAGCACCUAAAUCCGUAUCUAUCCUGUCGCCAGAGCCAAUACAUGAGAUGCCGCUUCCGAAAGUUUCUGGACAAUGUCCCGAGCAGAUAUGUAACCAUUGCUUUGUACGGCUCCAAUGUUAGCAACAUGCCCAAACCAAGACGGAAGAGUUUGAAUGGUCAGUUCUACGGAGUGGAUAACAAGCUGGCUCCUGUUCCAGUUGUUGGAGAUCCACGCUCGCCCCCACACCGAAAAUAGUUAAGCAAUUGGCAUUGAAAUUCAAAAUUUAUUUUAUUUGGGACCUCUUUUAAAAGAUUCUUUACCCGUUAAAAUUACAUAUAUUCAUAUGCUACAAUUUAAAUAUAAAUUCUAGUGUUACCACAUUGCGCGAAAUUAUACGUGUUUCACACAAGUUUUCAAGGAAGAAAAUUCUGUAUAAA